CUCAAGGGAUGUGGCAGUUCCAUUCUAACGCUAUGGUGGUCCAGUUAGUUGUUUUGAUUCUUGCAUUCUGCUGUUUUAUUGAAGUACAGAGUUCUUCGCCUCCAUUGUUAGAUGAAGAGAUAAGCCGUUUGUCACCUGACCUGCAGGUUCAGUUUGUACUACCGUCGCAUUCACUUCAACCACAUCACACACGUGUAGGAUUCAAACAUCGCUAUGUGGACCAUUACGGAAAUAUCCAUGCAAGUCGACCUGCUGGUGCCAGUAUAACGGUAGAUGCAACAACAACAGUUAGUGAUUUAGCCCUGUCUAAGGCAUGUACAAUUAUUGCACUGAUGACCAGACAUAUGUCAUCAUCAACAUUUAGUCUUGUUUCCAGAGCACAUGGUGUCGGUAUUUUUGCGAAGUCAGAGGGAAUGGGAGUUUAUCCUGAAAACUACAACCUGAGAGAUACUGCACAAUGUCGUGGUAAAUGCAGCGGUUCAUGUGCACAUACUUGUACUUUUGAUGGAAGAAAAUAUGACUCCAUUGCUGGUCUGACAAAUACAAGAUCUGUUGUAUUGGAUGAUAAUAUUGUUUGUAAUGCCCAAGAUCCUUAUGGACACCAAGAAAAUGUUCUAGUUCAUGAAUUUUCCCAUCAAGUCCAUAAAUACAUGUCAACAACAGACAGGAACAGGUUAGAAUAUAUCUUUAAUUACAUUAAACAACGUCAUGUGUGGAAAGAUGGAUAUGGUACAGCUAAUUCAGCUGAGUACUGGGCCGAGGCAUCAUCGUCCUUCUUCCAUACAGUAAUACGAAGCGGCUCUCAUAGUCCAGCUGUAGGAAUGGAUGAGUGUAGUUUUAAUCACGUAUGUAGGUCAGAAAGUGAAAACAGACAAUGGAUAAAGACUCAUGAUGUAUGGCUGUAUAACUUAUUGGUUAAAGUGUACACUAAUAACCGACCAUCAACACCUAGUGGUCUAAGAGUGUGCAUGUAAACAACUCAAUCAUAAUGAAUUAUAUCAAAGUUUCAAAACGUAUUGAGAUAUAAAAUAUUAACAUAUCAAA